AUGGACAAGUUUAUUGUAAAGAAACGUAAACUCCAGGACAGUGAAGGUGAGGUAGCAGCUUCAACUUCUGGGUCUAAUUUGAACAUUGAAGUUUCUCCCCGCCCGUCUAGUUCAAAAGAUGACAAAAAAGACCAGGUUUCUUGUUCUAAGAAAAGGACAUACUUAGAUUGUUACUUAUCGUAUGGAUUUUCCUGGAACAAUAACGAUGAUAACCCUCGUCCAGUAUGUGUAGUCUGUGGGGAAACACUGAGCAAUGAGGCCAUGGUACCCAGCAAGCUGAAGCGGCAUCUUAGUACCAAACACCCUGAACUGAUAGCUACAAAAAUGAAGCCUCACACCACUGGAGAGGAGAUUAUUGGCCCUGCAUGCAAUAUUAUAGUUGAAACAAUGCUUGGCCAAGAAGCUAAAGAUCAGGUUUCAAAAGUUCCCCUCUCCAACAAUACAAUCAGUCGUAGGAUAUCUGAGAUGUCGGUCAAUAUAAACGAAAAAGUCAUUGAGAAAAUUAAAUAUGUAAGGUGGUUGUCUCGAGGACGUGUGCUAAACCGAGUUCUUGAACUCAAAGAACAAUUAAUUGCCUUCUUCACCAGUGAAAAACAGGACACAUUUUAUAAGCUGCUUCAAAAUUAUGAUUGGCGCAAACUAAGUUCUUGGGAGUCUGCCGUUCAAAAGGGGGAUAUGGAAAACUUUCCCUCUCUUCUUCAUCUCGCAAAAGAUAAUGAGUUAAGAAUUCCGAAAACCCUCAUUCUGAACCACUUGGUAACACUGCAAGAUGCAGUGGAUAAGUACUUUCCAUCUCUUCCUACCAAUAAUCUUGAUUGGAUUGUAUCACCAUUUCAAUUGGCAGAUAAUGCGGAGGAACUAGAUUUCACAGCUAGUGAAAGAGACGAAUUCAUGGAUCUGUGUGCUGAUUCCACACUCAACGUUAAAUUUGACAAGAGUCAGACAUCAGUGGCUGUUUUCUGGCUUGGACUGGCGGAUGAGUAUCCUGACUUGCAAGAAAGACUCCUUAGUCUUGAGAGUGAUAUGCGUGUUGCACUGUCAGCUAUUAGGCCUGACAUCAAACGACUGUGUUCUAAUCAUCAAUCACAAGUUUCGCAUUAAUCGUACAAUUUAUUAUUCUUUGACAGUUGUGUUUGUAUGCUCAUUUUAUUUCUCACAGGUGAAAGGUGUUCUUUUUAAACUGCGUUCAUGUAUUUGUAUUACAGUUUUUCUAAAAUCAGUAGUGUAGUACUGUAAAACGGGAUGAUUUUGAUACAAGCUGGAAAACAUGUUAAUAAGCUGAUGUCACCAGGAAACAUCUUUUCCAGUUGGGUCAAAGUUACCCCUGGAGUCUAAAGUAAGUAAAAUAUGCUUAGU